AUGUCUUCCACGACCGUCGAGACAGUCGAGCCCAAACCGAAGGCGGCCGCGAAGAUGCGUAAGAGAGCGCCUAAAGCUUGCUUGUCGUGUAGAAGCCGUAAAGUGAGAUGCGAUGUCUCCCAGCGCGGGAGACCGUGCAUGAACUGCUAUCUUGACAAUGAAACUUGCGUCGUAACCGGACGAGCGUCGAGAUUUAGGAGAGGCCAGCGAGGUGAAAACGAUAAUUCCCAGGCGUCAUAUCCCCCCUACUCGGUGGAGGACUGUGCACAUGGUCGGAGCUCAGAGGAUGUAGUAAAUUCACGGGCCAAUGGGCAAUUGCCUUCAUUAACGGUAGAUGGAGAGAAUAUUGCUCCGCCGCAAGAUGCAUCCCAUUCAAUAAACCGUACUACUGAAAAUCAGACCUCAACGGAGCUCGAGACGGAAGGGUGGAUUAGCCCGGAAGCGCCGCCGCAAACAACGCAGAGCGGGCUAGAUGAGCAUCAACAUAACAACAAGAUACCAAGUCCCGUCCCUCUGGUCCAAGAAGCCACAGUCUUACCGCUAAAUACCUUCAAUUCCUUCAUGACUCCGGAUAUUCCGCUCUGGGUUGGAGACCAGCGCAUCGCGGUGAAUGCUGAUAUUACAUAUUCAUACUACCCGUUCAUAACCAUAGGAAACCUUCAUAACAUCAUGCCCCAAGAUGUCAAUUAUCUGGAGUCGCAGGGUUGCCUUCGAGUACCGACCAGGACGAUUCUGGAUGAGUUCGUUCAACAGUACUUCUUGCACAUCCACCCUAUCAUGCCGAUCCUUAACGAGGGAGACUUUUGGGACAUGUAUUGCAACCAAACUUCCCCAGAAUCCGGCGACAAGAUAACCCUCGUCUUUUUCCAAGCGCUCUUAUUCGCAUCUUGUAAUUUCGUUUCAAAAAGCAGCAUCAAAGCUCUCGGGUUUCCAAGUAUUCGUACCGCAAGGGCUACUUUCUACAGGCGUACGAAGCUCUUAUUCGACUUCGAUACCGAAACCUCAUUGGUUGAUCUAGCACAAACCGCCCUCCUUCUCUCCUUCUGGGCUACAAAUUGGUCCCUUGCUUCCAAGAAGCUGAAUAGCACGUGGCUUGGAAUAGCCAUACAGAACGCUAAAAGCUCCGACGCCCAUCUCUACGCCGUGAAGCCGAAUGUCUCUGUUUUAACGGACCCAGUACAGCAUAAGAAGCAGAACAUACUGAAACGCCUGUGGUGGUGUUGCAUCAUCCGCGAUCGCAUAUUGGCACUUGGCGUGCGGAGGAGUCUGCAAAUAUCGCGAGCGCAUUUCGACAUCGACAGCAACACCGGGCUCGGAUACAUCGACUUUGCCGACGAGGUCGACCGGUCCAAAGUGUACAACUCGGAAACCAAGAGGUGUCUCGUCGAGAUAUUCGUCCAGCUCGGAGAGCUAUGUUCGGUUCUGACGGACCUUGUCACCCUGGUAUUUCCCCUCGACGAUGUACCCGGGUGGGAUCGGGAACUGGGCGCGGAAGGGGCCGUCAAGCUGAAAGAGUGCAAGGCUGCGUUAAGACGAUGGUAUAAAAGUGCGACGCUCCGGUUUCCAAUGUUCGGCGGCGGCGAUACACCACGGAUGACGACUGCGAAUAAUAAACAUUACCAGCACGAUUCGGUGAUCCUGUACACCAAUUUAAUGUACAUGCACUAUCAUUCCGCAAGAGCAGCUCUUUGCCACCACGAAGUCUUACAGUUAGCCGUGGCUUGCACGUCGCCCAACCUCAGCAACAAUCUCCGGGAGUUUUCAAAUAUCUACGAGAACAGACACGAGCUUCAAGACGCAGCGUGCAGUGUGACCGAAUGUCUAAAGGAGCUCAUUCAACUGCGUCUUGCCCGUUGGCUACCAAUCAGCGCUGUUGCAUGCACCGCGCUACCUCUAGUCUUGCAUAUCAUCGACGUUAAGCUAUCUUCCCAGAACAGGAACAAAACCGCCGCGAUAGAUUCAGAUCCUCAGAUGGCAGCGAAACAGCAUCGCCUUAACAUCCUCAUCGAAGCGAUGAAGACAUACCAACCUCAAUACGACGGGGUGGACUACAUCAGCGAAACUAUCCGACAUAUCAUCAACUUGGCGAAGCUAGACGCCCCCGCCAGCAAGGGAUGGUGUUUCUCGGGCCUCUCUACGGACGGCAAGCAACCGGCGCCAGCGGACUGGACUGACAUACUAGCCUCGCAGCCGGGUUAUUAUCUUCGAUUAGCCAUGACGAUGGAUUUAUGCUUUAGCAAGGGCCGGUUAGCGGAAGAGUCGGACUUCCCGGCGAACUUGCGAGGGUUAUUCGCCGCCGAUUUCAGCUCGAUGAGGGCCCUCGUCGCGGGCGGGAGGACGGUUUCGGGGACAGCACCGGCAAUGCAGAAUCAGAGCACGAACUACUUUGCGCCGAAUCCGACCGUAAAUAUCACGCCGGGAACAGUGCACUCGCUAUCAUCGGACGAGGAGUCUAACUCGCCCAAUUCCUUCGAUGGUAACGGUAACAGCAACGGCAACGGCAACGGCACCUCGGCCGACUCGCACUUCGACGGUCAGCACGCCGCGCUCAAUCCCUCCGACAUCGACAUGUCCGGGGUAUUCAGCAACACGCUAGACAUCGACCACCUGGCGAGCGAAGUCCUCGCCGCGUACGGGCUCAACGCAGACGCGGGCGGAAGUCUAGGGGGAGACGACUGGAUCGAGAGGGCGUGGAGCGACGAGGAGAUGACAGACGCGGGGGCGGCGAAGCAAGGCCAGGAUAAUAGCGGCGGCGGCGGGGAUAAGGAGACAGCCCGGGUCCUACUUGACGCUUUACGAGAUGAUACGAUAACGUGCGCUGUAUGA